AUGGAAACCCAAACUCCCAAACUUCGGGUAGCUGUGAUCGGUGCUGGCAUCGCGGGAUGCUGUUUAACUGUCGGGCUCUCCCGCAACCCGUUACUCGAUGUACAUCUCUAUGAGUCAUAUUCGGAUAUUUGCGUUCGCGGCGCAGGUGUCGCCUUCCACGGAAAUGCCAUCAAAGCAAUGGACUCAAUCUCACCAGAGAUCAAGAAAGCAUACUUCAAAAAGUCCCAUUUCAUGGCCAAUGAAGAAAAUAUGGAGAUGGCAACUCAGAUCAUCAUUGGAAGCGGGCAAAACGCCGAAACUGUCGUGGCAGAACUGGGCAGAGCAAAAGGAAGAAGGACUAUUCACAGGGCACACUUUGUCCAGGGCCUUCUAGAGGACGUCAUCCCUAAACACCGCGUUCAUUUUGGAAAACAUGCGGUGAGCAUAGAAGAGAAGGGAGACGUAGACAACAAUACGUCUAAGGUUGUUGUCACCUUUGCAGAUUCCACGAUUGAGGAGUUCGACGCAGUUUUUGGCGCCGACGGUGUUAAGAGUACUACUAGAAAAUUCAUCUUGGGCCCUGAUGAUCCGACGGCGGAAGCAGUUAAUCACGAUGACUGGCAUUGCUUCAACGUUAUCGUCCGGAUGGCAGAAGCAAAGAAGGUGCUUCCCAAGGAGUCGAUCGAGAAAGUCCGAAUGUUUUGCACGCCUAUUGGGUAUGUCAAUGGCCUUCCUUUGGAUCUAGGAAAUACAUACAGCAUCUCCUGCUACCAAAGGGAUAGCAAACGACGUAACGGCGAGAGAGCUAGUUUUAAUCCCGACGAAUGGAAGAAUUUCUGCCCUGAAGUUACCUCGCUAGUAUCGUUUCUCGAACAAUAUGCAAAUGAUCAUUGGGAAAUAUUAGACCAUGAUCACGCACCUACCUAUUACCGGGGCCACGUUGCUAUUGUCGGCGAUGCGGCACAUGCCACGGCUCCUCACGCUGGCAACGGUGCAGCCCAAGCGAUCGAGGAUGCGGCGGUACUCGCCGGAGUCUUCGCCGAAGUCAAGUCGAAAGAUAAUAUUAAUAUAGCUUUGAGAAGCUUCGACGCGUUCGUAGACCAAGAAGCCAGCAGGUAG